AUGAGUAUUUUAAGAGUCGGCUAUAUUCCAGAGCAUUUUUCUACACCAAUACAGUUUGCGCGGUUGAACGGGUACUUCAAAGAGCAAGGUACCACGGUGGAGCUGAUUGAAUAUCCUAGCGGAUCCGGGCAUCUUAUCUCAUCACUGAACGCAGAUGAAAUCGACAUUGCUGUUGGACUUACAGAGGCUUUUGUCCGUGGAAUUGCAGACACCGCGAACCCCAAAGAUCUCAAAUAUGAAAUAGUGGGCACCUACGUUAAUUCGCCCUUAAAUUGGGCUGUCUCCACGGGAGUGGAUCGAGAUGACAUCAAUAGUUUAAAAGAUUUGCAGAAUGGUAAAAUGGGUGUUUCAAGAAUCGGCAGUGGAUCUUAUGUCAUGUCUUUCGUCCUUGCAGCGGAUCAGGGUUUCGAGGAGCCGUUCCAGGAAUUCCCCGUCUGUCACACCUUUCAACAAUUGAGGAAACGUGCCAAUGAUGGCAGUUGUGACGCUUUUAUGUGGGAGUAUUAUACUACAAAGAAGUACUAUGAGUCUCCAAAGGAGUUGAAGAUGGUCGGAAACAUAUACACACCAUGGCCAUCGUGGGUAAUUGUACGGAACAAAAAGCAGGACAACAAGUGUACAUUGGCUUUCACCAAGGCCAUUGAUCUUGGGAUUGAGUAUUUCAAUAAAUAUCCACAAGAUGCGAUUGAUUACAUUCACAAAAACCUAGACUACAGUGAGGCGGAUGCCCGUGAAUGGCUUAAGACAGUUGAAUUUAACACCAGCGGCUGUCACAAUUUCCUAAAUAGCGACCAGGUCAUAUUAAAAACGUUGGGUAUCCUGCGUAGCGCAAACGUUUUACAAUUGGACGAUGUUCAGCAGGAAGAAAACAUGAAAUAUGGUAUUGCACAGUUUUGA